UUUGUGUCUUUUAUAAAUUUUGCGGUGUCUUCCACAUGUUUGUUUUUUCUCUUCACAAUUAGAUUGUUACCUCUCCAGCUAAAUGGUUAAAUCAGAAACUACCUUCUCAUGUUAUUCAAAAUUUCCUAUUAUGGGGCUCUGUGUGCAAUAGGCACUCAAUAAAUAUUUGUUGACAUCAGAACAGUGCCCUCUUCUGAGAAACUUGAAUAAGCUGUGAUAGGUCAGCUCUGGCAGGCUUAUUCCACAAGUAUCCAACCCUCAAAAGGCUAUUCCACAUCUAGGCCACAGGCUCCAGCUGCUAUUUUAUGGCUCCUCGGCGAAGACGCAAGAAGCACUAUGCACCAGUGGCUUCCCGAACUCAGGUGGCCUUGUCUUCUCCAGUCUCAGGUCCCAGCAUUGAUGCACUUGGCUUUCUCUCUUUGGAGAGUAAUGUCCCUGGCCUGUCUCAGGUUAUCCUUCAGAAGCUGAACAUGAAGAGCUAUGAGGAAUACAAGGCAGUGGUGAAUGGGGGAAGCCCUGGGCCAGGCUUUGGGAUCCACAGUCUCAGUGACAUGUUCCAGCGCCUGGAAGACACCUUCCAAUUCUGCGCACAAUGCAGAGUACUUCCUGACCAACUCUCUGAUUCUAAGAUCUUGCGACGCUGUAAGAGGUGCAGAAAUGUGUAUUACUGUAGUCGUGAGUGCCAGAGAGCAGACUGGUCAGUGCACAAGAAGGUCUGUUGGGAACUUCGGCUUGUGGCUAUAGACCGGCUAUUGGAGUGGCUAGUGGUCACAGGUGACUUUUCCCUGACUUCAGGGCCUUGGCCAUGGCCACCAGGGGCUGUUCGGGACUGGGAUACCUGGUUUUCAAUGUGGGGAGCACAGCUGGAUACCAUACUGGAAUCUGUACUGGGCAGUCACACGAUGUCUACUUUGUGGGACAGUGUGGGGCGGCCACGGCCUGACCCAGAUAGUCUGCGGGGUUCCUUGCGACGACUUCUGACAGACGCCCUUUCUCAGCCCCUGACAGUGGGAUUAGGGCUACGGACAUUGGUGGAGAAUACCGGAAAGCUGGGAGGGAUCACAGUGCAUGUGGUGGGUGCCUCCCACAUAGAGACUUUCCUUGCUAGCCAUGGGGCCUAUGAGGAGCUUAAACAUAUGUUUCCUGAAUCGGGUGGCCUCCACGUAGUCAUGGUUGGUGUGGACCUGGCCGUGGAGUCCGUCCCACAGUUCACCUCAGUCCUCCCGACAACGCCUGCUACGAUUCAGCUCAGCAGCUACCGGGGCCUCUAUCAUGACUUCUGGGAAGAACAGAUAGAGACGGGUCAGGCAGUCUGGCCAGACCUUGUAGCAGGGUUUCAUCCAGGUUUCCACUCCAGCCAAGACUUGAUGGCUGGCUGGUUGCCCACCCUACUGCUGCUUCGUGAUUAUGAGAUCCCCACUAUCUUCACUGUGUACAGUCAACAGGAGCUGACAGCUUCUCUGCAGAUCCUCAUGGAACUGGAGACUCAAAUCAUUGCAUACGGAGAUAACCCUUUCGCUUCCCUUAAACCUGAACAAGCCUAUACCAACCCCAACAAGCAGCCCGUGUACUGCAGCGCCUACUACAUCAUGUUCCGGGGGACUUCCCACCAACCGGAUGGAGAGGAAGCAGGAGGGAAAAUGGAUAAUAGAAUUUAAAAAGCUAGUCUAUAGUCUGUCUGGACAGCUGGGGACACUUUACAAACAUCAUCUUAUUAGUGUCUCACAACAACUUUUGGAGGGGCUUUUAUUAUCCCUAUUUUACACUUGAGGAAACUGAGGCAGACAGGUUAAGUGACUUGCCCAAGGUCACACAGCUAGUCAGUAUCUGAGGGCAGAUCUGAACUUGGGUCUUCCCGACUUCAGAUUGAUCUCUGUAUCCACCGUGCCCGCUAGUGGUCCCUGAAUCAGUGCCUGUUCUACCCUUUGAGAGGUGUCCCGAGUACCACAUUUUCUGAUGCCGUUGGGGUCCUCCCUGAAGAUUAUCGCACUUUUGUUCUUGGAACUGCCUCUCUGCACUAGUGUUAGUAUUCCAGGUCUUUGGGGUGUUGUGGGGUGUUAGGCCCGGACAAGG